AUGUCUCAUUUAAAACAUUUAAGUUUACACGACAAUUAUUUAGUUGAAAUUAAUGAUAUAUUACCAAAACAAAGCUCUUCAUUAUUAACAUUCGCCAUCGACUCUAAUUUAUUAUCGUCAUUAAAAAGUUUAACAUUUCGUUAUCAACAGAAGCUUUAUCAUUUAAGUUUAACAAAUAAUCACAUUAAAUUUUUAUCAAAAAAUAUAUUCGCUAAUUUGACUUAUUUAAAUAGAAUUGAACUCUUCAAUAAUGAAAUAUCCAUAAUUGAUGAUUUUACAUUCCAACAACUACGUUCUGCGAGAAAUUUAGAUUUGCACAAUAAUUUACUACGUAACGUCACAAAUUAUACAUUUAUAGGUCUGUUUGAAUUAGAAGAAUUAAAUUUAUCACAUAACAAAAUCACUUUUAUCUAUACAAUGGCAUUUGAUACUUUAAAAAAAAUACGUACUUUAAAUAUAUCGUUUAAUCCGCUUAAAAUACUAUAUAAAAAUCUAUUUCAACAAGGAUUACCAUUAAGUUCAUUAUAUUUAGACAAUUGUGAGAUACAACAAAUAGAAAAUGGCACUUUCGAAGCGAAUUAA